UCGGGCUCGUGCGGAGCGCGUGAGUGAGACACGAGUGACAAAUGUUCGUCCGUCGUCCACGCUGAACAACGGUCAAACGCCGUAGCCGUAGCCGCUGCUGUAAUCUGAGGAUCGUGCGAAAUGUUCCCACGUGCUGAAAUCAACACAAGCGCCACAAUGAAGCUGUAUCUCGUGCUCGCCAUCGCCGUGUGCCAAUCGUGUCACCAUUUUGCCCGUGCCGAUCUCGACUCCCGGCGGGCCAACCCUCGGUCGGCCCCUGGUUCCCUUGCUGCUGGCACCGAUCUGUGGCCAUCACUGGUAGCCCGUGGCCCGCCGAACGAUGGCGAGCUGUCCUGGUCGGGCGACUCAUCCGAGUUGGUCGGCGACUGGCUGUGGCCGAUGGCCGUCAAGCGGAGUGCCAAGGCGGACAUCCAAACGCGUCGCCGUAGUGCGCUGGACAAGAACUUUAUGCGCUUCGGACGAGCCGGAUCAAAUCUGAUGCGCUUCGGGCGUCCCGAUCGGAACUUUCUGCGCUUUGGCCGUACGCCGGAAGCGCGCGAUGAGGAGACCGAACUGAGCAAAGAGUACGCCACGUCGACGGAACAGCUGGAGCAGCGGGAGAGCGACGAAGGGCAGCAGCAACCGACGGUCAAACGCAACGCCGGAAACUCUGAGGAGCUGCUUGGAGGCGGUGUGAUGAUGUCCGACUCCGGCGAACAGCUUAAACCGAAGCAGGUGGUCUACUAUCGGCGUGACUCACCGAAAAACCUGAUGCGUUUUGGGAAACGCCGCUCGGCGGCUUCCGGAUCCGGUUACCUGCGCUUCGGCCGAGGGAACUUAAUGCGUUUCGGCCGCCGAAGCGACGAACCCGGCCCGCGGACCGUCCGUGCUGGGCCGAAUAUGAUGCGCUUCGGGCGGGCCAGCAAUCUGAUGCGCUUCGGACGGUCCGAUCGGCCACCGAACGAAACUGCGGUCGAGGGAAGUGGUGGUGCCGUGAACCCCACCGUGGCAAGGCACGACCCGUUACCAGUCAAUCUGCUAGAGCUACUCGAAAAGCUGCAGCCACAGGACGACCGGAUGCUCCUGCAGGACGCGCUGGUGGAGAGUGAAACCGAAUCGGCCCCUGACGACCGGCUCCCGCUUUUCGUCGUCGAAAAGUAGUAAGCAUCCCGACGGAAGGCACAACUCCGAAGGCAAAACAGGACAUAGGAUUCCGAACCGUGCUGUCGCGCUCGAACCGCAAAGCGUUUCACGGUGCAAAAUGGCGUAUUGUUGAUAGAAAAAAAACAUUCAGGAUAAUACACAACCUAACGAAGGCAAUCCUUGGUGGCGGCCGUCCUCGAUGGGGAGGCGUCGAUGGAGCGCCCACCAACGACGAAACUAUCCUCAAAGGCUGGUAUCAACAAUACGUUCUCAUUUUGCACUUUUAUUGCGAACGAAAAACCUAACUUCUUCCUCGCACGAAAAGAAUCAAAUCGAAGAGCUAACAAACCCACUGAUCGAAGUUUCAAUUAACUCUCUCCUUGUCGCCAUUUUUAUUGGGUAACGUUUCAUAAUGUUCGUUGAAUGAAGCCAAAGCAAGCAAGAUGCCAAAACUCUCUACAAAGCUUCUCUAGCACCCUGUUCGUGCAUAAAAUGCUCCCAGCAAGAAUGUCGUAUUAAUGUGGGGAUGAGAGAAAACAGCAAAAAGAAGAAAAAAAACUCAAAAUAUAUACAGAUAUACAUACAAAUAUAAAUUAUAAAUCAUUAAACAUCUAGGGGAGAAAACUAAAGACAAAACCAGCGGGAGCGUGAACUUUCUUCUGGAGCGGCGGAUCAGGCGGACCGAGCGAUCGCUUGCUGUGUACAUUAAAACGGAUGAUGAUCAUAGUCGUUGUAGUCCGAGCAACUGUGUGCGUGCGUGUUAAAGGUCUCACAACUUGGAAAAUGUAAAAAAUAAAG